AUGUCCCGAUCCACCAAGUUCAGCAAAGGCGAUGAUACGGAUACACAUUUUGCCAUCGUUACGAAGAAUGAUUCGAGUAAAUCGGAUGAAACGGUACAGUUUAAACUACCAACAUAUGGAGUUAUAACCACACUUCAUAGUGCCGUUGACUAUUUGACUACUGUGGGUAUUUUAAAGGAAAUCUACACGAACUACUACCGUGGCCGAUUAAUGAUCUUCGAGAUCGCCAGAAGAAAGCGGCCAUGGGCAUCGUUGUUAUCAAAAAAUAGAGAUAGAAUAAAGCUGGAUGGGCCCGCAUCGGAAUUAGAUCGUGCUCUUUUUGAUAUGAUUUAUCAUAGCGUCAGUGGAGACGUUGGUACUUCAAUUUGGCUUUGGCACGAUAGAGCUCUAGAAUCAUCAAAGAAUAAGGAAAAACAUCGCGAGAUGGAGCACAGGCAAAAAGAGCUGAUUUUAUAUGAUCCAGAGAUCAAAGAAUUUCUCAAGAGCGCCGCUUCGACUCUUCUAGGAUUAGAUAAGGAGCUUUGUGAUGAUUUUAUAAACCCUUUCAAACAAUGUAUGGUUAACGAGCAGGAGGUCAACUAUAAGAACCUCCUAACGAAGAUUCGAGAGGUUGAUGAGGAGGUCGGCAACUGCUGUCGAUAA